AUGACAGCUGGAGUAGAGCUCCGCACAACAAGGUCAUCCUUUAGAGCACGAAACGGCUGCCUACUUGCCGCAUUCACGAGCCUUGGCUUGGCUGUACGGGUCGUGACCAACACCUCCCGCGUCAUUUACCGUAUUCCGGAUACCGAGCCCGUGAAGUUAUUGAGACGCCUUAACGCGAUUCGAACAGAUGCAGAAUGCGUCGCGGAGGAUGCCUUUAGGGCUGUCCAGAGAUACUUCCUUCAAAGCGAUACUUUGACACUCGGAGAAAAGACUCUAGUAACUGGGAGUCAUUCCAUGGAGGAUAUUCAAGGCUUGGUGGCCGCAACGCUCGAAAGCUACGAGGCAGCGAAGCGGUCGAGCAAAACUAGAGGGUGGCUUCAAAAGACGUCUGACAUCAUAUUUCGCUACGGGACGAUCCUCGACGUCUUUGUUCAACAUCAUCCAGAGUAUGUAUCGCUGGCAUGGGGCGCUAUGACGCUGGUAUCUGGUCGGAGGAAGAGCGUGGUCAACCACGCAGAGACCCUGAAAAUCGUGGCCAAGUCCACCUGCCAGGUUGGCAUACGACUUUCGCGAGUCAAAGCUGAUUCCACAAUAUACCCAACGACGAACAUGCGACUUGCCGUUGAGAAUCUGUAUUCUUGCAUUUUGGAGUUUCUGCUGAUUGCCCACUCGUGGUGCAAAGAGUCAAAACUCCGUCAUUUCAUCGAUAGUUUCACGCGGCCACACCAACUUCAAUACGACAAUUUGCUACAGAGAAGUGUUGUUGCUUCUGAUAACAAUGCGGAACUAGCAGCUAUAGGCUCGCAAGCUGAGCUCCGUGUUAUGCACACAACUCAUUCAGGCAAGCUGGAAGGGAUUCUAUCGGCCAUAGAAGAGGCAGAAAAGUCCUACAAACAACAACUUGACGGUCUAACACAAGUCGUUUCUAGACUAAGGGUUUCAAACGAAAAGCACGAAAGGAAGCUUGAUCUCAUCGUGCCUCUCCUGGAAGCCUCGGGUCUGACAAUGCAUGACCUCAUCUCCAAAGUAGAGAGUGGGCGAUCCUUAGCUCCUCAUAACCAUUCUAGGUGCUUACAGACAGCGUGCAGCUUUUCAGUCUAUUUGAAAAAGCGCCUAGCUAGAUACGAAUCAACGACUCUCAGAGAUCUAUCUGUCUUAUCCUCUAGACUCACGAAAUGGUCGUUAAGCCAUCAAUCUUCCUUGAUUAUCAUCAGAGGCCCCUUUAGCGUGCGGUCUGCCAUGGUAGACUUCAGCAUUGACGUCAUUCAAACUUUAGCAUCCGACGAGGUGCCGACUCUGUGGGCGUUGCCCAGCUUAGAGAAAUCGAAGCAUGCUUCCAUGUCAACGGCGGUAGCUCUGAUCAAGUACCUCACGUACCAGGCGUUGCGGUGGAGCGGUUCCCUCAAGACGGAAAAAGAGUUGUCGACUCGAUACUCGCAAUUUCAUACUGCGCAGAAGCCAGAAGAUUGA